AUGGCCACCCCAGUCGCACCUUCGACAUCGCUCACGACCAGCGACAUCGAAAUCGCUACCCGUGCAGCAGACAACUUCACCCGCUUAUACUACACUUCAUACGAUUCAGACACCCGCCUCGCCGACCUUCCCCAGUUUUACCGUCCUAGUUCAUCUCUGACUUGGAAUGGGAAGCCGUUUCAAGGUGCAGAUGGGUUGAGGCAGUUGAUUGAGAAUAUGCCUCCGACGAAACAUGAAGUUCAAUCAUUUGAUUGUCAUCCUAUUCCAGGCUCUCAGCCACCCUCUUUGCUCGUAACGGUUUCCGGAAACGUUACACACGGAAAAGGCCCAGGAGGCAACCCUGUCAAUACACCCGCCAAGACCAUCGAGGGUCAUCCCCGAGUCUUUUCUCAAACAUUUAUGCUUGUGCCGGACACCAAUGCCCCGCCAUCCAAACCCGGAGAAGUUGCAAAAUACUACAUUGGCGCCGACGCAUUGAGAUUCGUAGGAUAAUCGGCAUUCAGACUCAACGUCCCCCAUGUCCUUCGCUUUCCUGUAUGACUCGUUCAAACACGCCUGGCAUUGGAUAUAAUUUUGAACAACACUGUAUGUAUUUAUAGAACAAAAGCGACAGUAAAUAGACAAGACAAC